AUGCAGGCAGCCGUGCGCACGCAUCAGUCACCGGCCGCCCGCGCCUCCUCAAGUCCCCAGUCGCCGGUCUUGAGAACCAGCUGCGCCGCCGCCAGGCUUGAGAUCCAGCCGCGUGCGCGCCUCCUGAGGCCCCCAGCCGCCGCCGGCCUUGAGAUCCAGCCGCGCCGCCGCCUCAAACCCUUGCUCGCAUCGCCCGGGGACACCCUCCGCAACGGCCGGCCGUCACACGCGAGACGAAGCAGAGGAGAUAGGGAACGAGUAGAGAAGGAGCUCACCUCCCGCCGGCCUCUCUGCUAUCUGCUAGAUGCGCCGCCGCCGCGGCGCACGGAAGAGAGAGAUGUUGCAGGUAACUCUGGUGAGAAUGAGGGGAGUAAGAAGGCUAAGAAGAAGAUUAAGAAGAAAGGCAAUCUAUGUGGCUUUAAGUCAAGGUUUAACUCAAAAAGGCUGGCUCAGAUUGGGAAGCAGUUCAAACACAAGAACAAAUCUAUCACCUUCAGUAAGCUUAUGGUGAAAAGGAUUUUCAACGUGCCAUUCGGUGAUAGACCCGUGAAGCUUCUAAAGAAGAGUGAUGAACAUGAUCUUCGCAGCAUCUACAAGGAGGGGAACAGGGCUCCAAUCGCCCAUGUUGUCAAGUUGCUCACUAGUUGCAGUGAGGAGGACGUGGUUAUGAUAAAUAGGACUUGGGCACUCCUUGUGUUGGCAACAGUUUUGUGCCCAGGCACGGGCAAUAUGGUGAAUCUCGAGUAUCUUGCUUCCCUCGAAGAUAUGUCUUUGGUGCAUGAAUUCGCUUGGGAUGAGCACUUGUUGGCACGAGCUAUGGAGGAGGUUGGAGUCUUUCAAGAGAAGAAGAGGAUGCAAGCAAACACAGAAAAAGAGUUUCAGAUUGCUUCAUGCCUUCCCAUGUUAGCGAUCAUAUACAUGGAUCAUGUUGAUAUCCCGGUUGGCCUCCCAAAUGAGCAUGCUAUUGAUUAUUCCGUGCCAAGGAUACGUUUUGUUUGCCAAAAGGAUUUUGAGUGGUUGGAUAAAGUUGACAAAAACAAGCUCACUCUUGUUCAACCUUUCUACGGGAAACACACCCAUUUUAUGGAAGCUUUCUUAUUUAUGCCACUCAUGUUUUGUUUUCCUAGAUCCGGAGUUUGUGCAACACCCCCUAUGCAGCACAACUUGUGGGACAGGAAGUUGGUGCUGAAGCAGCUACUGGGAAGGGAGUUGGUGCUGAAGCACCUAAUCUUACUAAAACAAGACCCAACAACCUUCCAACCAGCAAAACUCAUACCCGAGCUUGAAAGGGCUGUGACAAAGUUCAAGGCGAAUAAAUAUGACCUCCUUUUUGUCACAAUUGUUCAUGAAAAGCAUUGGAUAAUUGUUUGCGCAAACUUGCUAUACAAGCAGUGGAAUGUAUUUGACUCAAUCCAUUCAAAAGGAAAACAAUCUCCUUUGAAGAAGCAGACCAAUAACCUGAUCACAAACUUUGCAGCCCUCGCACAAGAGUACAGCCAAUUCAAUGUCAAUGUUGGAUCCUUCGCCCGUGUUGACCUAGAGGAUUACCCAAAGCAAGAUAAUUUGAAAAUGUGGCGCGAUACCGCAUGGAUGUGGCGCACAACCUUUGCACUCACCCAAUGA